GUUGGUCCCGCCCACUGACGGGGAUCGCGGUGGAAGAAUGGCGGCGGGACUCGUGAUGAACCAGGAUCUCUCCAAGAUCCUCAAUGAGCUGUGGAAAGCAGACGAGAACCGGAUGGUGCCCGGGGUGGACUACCAUAUCUCCGUGCAGGGCAAGGCGGGGUACGUGCCCGCUGGCAGCAACAAUGCGAGGGACUGCGCCCGUCGACCACUCUUCUCCUACGUAAACGAGGACCGUUUGCGGUCUAUUAAAUCGUUUGCAGCCUUCACCGCCCUGCUGGACAACUACGAGAUGUCGACGGGAAUCGCGGAGGUGGUGACUCCCGAGGAAAUGGCCGAAAACUUCCACUUCCUCGACGUGAUUCUGGAAACUAAAGUCAUGCAGCUUGCUCACCAGUACCUGGUCAGCAGAAAUCUAACGUCGGCCAAUGCACGGGGGUUCCGGCAGCACCUGUACGACAUCUGGUUCCAGCUGUACUCCAGAGGAGGCCGGGGGAGAGACUCCUCAGGGUUCGAGCAUGUCUUUGUGGGAGAGACCAAACGAGGGAAGGAGAUCAUGGGUCUCCACAACUGGGUCCAGUUCUACCUCCAGGAGAAGCACAACCACAUUGAUUACAAAGGAUUCGUGGCAAGAAGAGACAAGAACAAGCCUGAUGAGGAUGACCACGUGCUGACCCUACAGUUCAGCUGGAAGGAGAUGGUGAAGCCGGUGGGCAGCUCCUUCAUCGGGGUCACCCCGGAGUUUGAGUUUGCCCUCUACACCAUCUGCUUCUUGCAGUCAUCGGCCAAGGUGUCGAAGGAGCUGGUGAUGGUGGACGAGUUCCACCUGCAGAUCGUGGUUUACCGGCACGGCAAGUACAUCGGCUCGUCCUACCCCGUGCUCCUGAGCAACAACAACACGCCACUGGAAUGAGGCCGGGCCGCCGCGCUGCUCUUGCCCUCCCUCUCUCCCGCCGCUCGCUGCCGAUCCGUCCAGGGAGUCCUUGUAUCGACGCCAGCCAUCACCCCCGCCUGUACUAGACUCCUGCACAUCCGCCACAGUGCCUCACUAGGGGACCCCACUGAGAUCCCCAGCCUCAUCGUACACUCUCGCCUCCGCACUAGUCCACUGCAAAAAACAAAGCAAUGUGUUUCUGUGUAAAACACAAUUGCAGCCAGCUUUGGAUUUGGAAUUAAUUUUUUUUGAUUUAGUUCAAUGGGACCCAUCUCCAAAACCUGGACCAAGAAAACAUCAUGAUUAGAGUCAUCGAGCCCCUUUGUCCCAUCUUGUCCAUGCCAACCAUUGGCAUAUUGGGCUGGUCCCAUUUGCCUGCGUUGGACCCACAUCCCUUUAGAAACACAGCCAGAGAACAGGCCCAUCAGCCAACUGAGUGCGGCCAGAACUAGUCGGCAUCCUGGCCAUUUGCCUGAAUUUGGCCCAUAUCCCGCUAAACCCUUCCUAUCCAUAUAUCUGUCCAAAUCUCUUUUGAAAGUCACAAUUGUAUCCACUUCUACAGCUUCCUUUGGAAACUCAUUCCAGAUACGAACUACCCUCUGAGUGAAAAGGUUGCCCUGAGGUCCCUCUUAAAUUUCUCCCCUCUCACCUUAAGCCUCUAAUUUUAGAAUCCUCUAAAUAGGUGAAAAGACCGUGGGCAUUCACUUUAUCUGUACCCCUCAUGAUCGUUCACCCCUCAGCCUCCUGCACUCCAAAGAAAUGUCCCAGUCCGUCCAACCUAUCCACCUCCGCUCGGUUCACAAUAACCAACCUGAUCUCCCGGUGGCUACGCACUGCAACUCCCCCCUCUCAUUCUGAAUCCGACCUUUCUGUCCUGGGCCUCCAUGGCCAGAGUGAGGCCCACCGUAAAUUGGAGGAGCACCACCUCAUAUUUCGCUUGGGUAGUCUAAACCCCAGCGGUAUGAACAUUGACCUCCAAUUUCAGGUAGUCCCUGCUUUCUCCUUCUUUCCCCUCCCCUCCCCAGCUCUCCCACAGCCCACUGUCUCCGCCUCUUCCUUUCUUCUUCCCGCCCCCUCACAUCAGUCUGAAGAAGGGUCUCGACCCGAAACGUCGCCUAUUUCCUUCGCUCCAUAGAUGCUGCCUCACCCGCUGAGUUUCUCCAGCAUUUUUGUCUACCUUUCUCUUAAAAUAUCAUUACAACCAAAUUUUCUUCCAAAUUAAACCAUUAUUUGGAGUUGAACAGAAGCAAUGCAGGAAGUAUGGAAACAGGUUCACCGUCACCUUGAACCUCUGUCAUCUGCGACCCACCAGUGUCCGCAAGCCCGAUCUUAGAGCUAUCCGUCUCUGUGCCUCUGGGGCAGUUACUGCAGCACAUUCGUGGAUGUCCCACCACCACACUUGCGGAGAAACUAUCAUGUUCUAAAAGCAUCAGCAGAGAAAGUUCUUAUUUUAAGUGAUUUAAGUUUUUGUUUGUAUUGCAGCUUCAAGUAAUGUGGUAGGCUAUUCAAAAAAAGAUAUAAUGGAAACAUAUAUAUUUGUUAACAGCUUCUUCCUUUAUCUACCUGCGUAGGAUUUAGUGCUUUAGAUUUAAUGAAGCCUUGCGUCAUUGUGUCAAUGCUUGAUUUAAUGAAAUUAUUUGUAUUUAGUCUUUCAACUGUUAAUUUUAAAAACUGCACAAUUUUUGACAUUUCACUUUGAUCUUUAAAAAUAACUUUGGUUUAUAUGCUCCAGUCCGCUGAUCGUCGACCCUGCUUGUCCCUUACUCAGGAACAAAUCCAUGGGCACAGGAAUUGCUGCCCCGUGCACUAAAGUCGUCCAUCCAUCCAGUAAAAUGAAUAAACCUGUGAGAUCUUCCUAUUGAAGCAAUCUCGCAAAACAGACAUCACAGAUGAGUUUUUUUGACUCAUCUCACUUUAGUCAAGUCAAAGGUGCAGCCACGGGCACUCGCAGGGUCCCCGGCUAUACCUAUCUUUUUGUUGGCUGUGUACUUUGUUCUAAAUAUACCCUGACACCACUCCACAACUCGUUCUACGCUACAUUGAUGACUGCAUUGGUGCUGCCUGAUGCACCCAUACAGAAUUAGUUUUGUCAAGUUUACCACUAACUUACACCCUGCCCUCAAACUCACCUGGACGAUCUCUGGCAACUCUCCCCCCUUUCUCGAUCUGCCCAUCACAGGGGUCUAUCUGUCAACUGACAUCGAACCCACUGACACUCCCAGAUGCCUUGACUACACCUCCUCCCACCCUCCCCUUGCAAGCAUGCCGGUAAGGGAAAAGGUCCUGACCCGAAGCAUCCUCUGUCCUCUCCCUCUACAGAUGCUGCCUGACCCACUAAGUUCUUCCAGCACUUGGUGUUUUACUCAAGAUUCUAACAUCUGCAGUUUCUUGUCUCAUCAACACCAUUAACGAUGUUUGGAGAGGCCACAAGUGUCUGUAAUUCUUUUAUUUCCCUUUUUGCAAAAUAAACUAACUCCAUCAAAGAUAGCUCAUUUUUCCAGAAACUGAUGGAAUCCCAUUUACCCCGAUUGAGCUGGCGCUGCUGAUGUGUAAUCCAGCUCACACUCUGCACAGACCUGAGUACUGGGAGCCGGGUGGUUUGGAGCGCUGACUGAAUCUCGUUAUAUUACUGGUAAAUGGUACGUUCUGAUUAUGAGACCAAACUGGACUCAGUCUCGUGGCCUUCAUUGUACUUUGACAAUUGUUGAAUACAAGUUUAUUUUAACAAUGCAAGUUCAACAGUGACAGUUCGCUUUGUGCAAUACAUGUGCUAUUUUUUUUAUAAUCAAAAGCUUUUAAUAAAUCUAAGAAUGAAAUUUGA